GAGUGCGCUGUUGUCCUUCUGUGUUGUUCAAAAAUUUUAGGUUAUGUUUCAGUGAAAUUGUGUUUUUUCUCAUUUGUCUUAAUUGGAAAUACAUUUAUUAGUUCUCUAUUUCUUUUUGAUUAAAUAUAAGUUUUUUAUAUUGAUUAGUAAUUAAAGUCCUUAUUAAAAUGGUAAUUUCAAUAGGGUUUGAAGGUAGUGCUAAUAAACUUGGUAUUGGAAUAGUUCAAGAUGGAAAUGUUCUUUCAAAUUGUAGAAGAACUUUUAUAACUCCUCCAGGCGAAGGUUUCAUGCCCAAGGCUACAGCUCAACAUCAUCGAGAUAAUAUCCUGGAUGUAUUGCAAGAAGCUUUGGAUAAAGCUAAAAUAGAACCCAAAGACAUAGAUGUGGUAUGCUACACAAAGGGGCCAGGAAUGGGAGCACCUCUUGUCUCAGUGGCAGUGGUUGCUCGAUGUGUUGCCCAGUUGUGGAAUAAACCAAUCGUUGGUGUUAAUCAUUGUAUAGGACAUAUUGAAAUGGGGCGAGUGGUUACCAACAGUGAUAAUCCUACAGUUCUGUAUGUGAGUGGAGGUAACACCCAAGUGAUAUCGUAUGCCAGAAAUAGGUACCGCAUUUUUGGAGAAACCAUUGAUAUCGCUGUCGGCAAUUGUUUGGAUCGGUUUGCGCGAGUUCUGAAGCUAUCAAACGAUCCAAGUCCUGGCUACAACAUCGAGCAGAUGGCAAAAAAGGGCAAAAAGUUCUUCCAAUUGCCUUACGCAGUCAAAGGCAUGGAUGUUUCUUUCUCAGGUCUUCUAUCGUUCAUUGAAGACAAUGCUGAUAAACUCAUAAGCUCGGGCAAGUACACUCCCGAGGAUCUCUGCUUCUCACUCCAGGAGACUGUCUUCGCUAUGCUGGUUGAAACUACAGAACGAGCGAUGGCCCAUUGCGGCUCGCAGGAGGUGCUGCUGGUGGGAGGGGUGGCCUGCAAUGAAAGACUGCAGCAGAUGAUGGCUGAGAUGUGUGGGGAGAGGGGAGCCAAGGUGUAUGCCACGGAUGAGCGCUACUGCAUCGACAAUGGUGCCAUGAUUGCACAUGCCGGCGCUCUCCUCUUUACAUCUGGCAAAGCGACGCCCUGGGAGGAAACUACCAUCACACAAAGGUAUCGAACGGACGAUGUUGAGGUGACAUGGAGGUAGCUGUAGCAUUGACAAAUGACAAGGAAUAUGCGACAUGAAGGUUUGAUGACUGACCAUCAUAGUAUUGUUCAGAAUCUCGACCUCGAUUACCAUCAAAUUUUUUAACUUGUUCCAAUAAAAAUGUUUUUAUACGAA